AUGGCAGACCAGAUUAGAAAUUCUUCCUAUGUGAAUCCAGAAUUGGCCAAGAUCUUGGAGACAGGACCAAAGCCAGCAAGCUUGAGCGUCACGAGCGACAUUCAGGCUCUGCGAAAGCUGCUGUCUCAGCGAAAAAAGGAGUUGACGCAAUCCUACGCAAAUUCUGGGGGCCCAGUGAUCAUCGAGGAAGAUCACUCUAUCCCCACUCGAGACGGAUCUCAAAUAACCGUCCGCGCUUACAAGCGCGAACAUCAGGACGAGCCAGGGCCUGUCUUAGUGAUAUUCCAUGGUGGAGGCUGGGUACUCGGUGGACUAGAGAAUGAAGUGCUUCUGUGUCGAACCUGGUGCGAACACUUCUCUGGUCUAUGUGUUAAUGUAGACUACCGACUGGCUCCGGAAAAUCCGUUUCCCAUUCCUGUUUAUGAUACCUAUGAUGCUUUAACAUGGACUGCUUCCCGCGCCAAAUUACUCGGUGGAAAUCCGGAGAAAGGCUUCAUCAUCGGUGGAAUAUCUGCGGGUGGAGGCAUGGCAGCUGCGAUUUCGCAUCUCUACCGUGACCAAAAUAUCCAGCCUCCUUUGACGGGAAUUUAUCUUUCUAUCCCGUCGGUGCUCGCACCCCAGGCAGUCCCCGAGAAAUACAAGAGCCAGUAUCUUAGCCGGAAAGAAAAUGCCAACGGGUUGAUCCUGGAUGAUGGCGCCAUUGCGCUUUUCCGACGUGCAUACAAAGAUGACCCGUUAUCCCCUCUGAUGUCCCCCUUCAACUGGCCCAACGGCCAUGCAAACCUCCCACCUACAUAUUUCCAGAUCUGUGGGACCGACCCGCUGCGAGAUGAAGCACUUCUCUAUGAGCAGGUACUGCGGGAAGAUUAUGGUGUCAAGACUCGGGCAGAUCUGUAUCCUGGUCUCCCGCACGGAUUCUGGUCUUGGUGGCCUAAAACGGAAUUUGGCAAACAGCAUAUGAGGGACUCUGUGAAAGGGCUUGCCUGGCUUCUUGGGCAGUCGGAGUAG